ACGCAGCUGUGGAAAUGAGAUAAAACUGAGCGGCCACAUUAGGAAAGCUCUCAUUCAGUCGGUUGUGCAGCCAGAAACCUCUGAGGCCAAAAGUAAAAAAACGCGUGGAGACCUUUUCCAUUGUGCUGGAUGGCAGCUGUCUUCUGCACCAAGCGGAGAGAUCAACAGGUGGAGGGAAUGAACUUUGGAUUUUUUGCACUUUGUGGAUUUUUUUUUAAAGCAGAAGGCAAGUAUUUUUGCUUUGGCUGUUUUGGGGUUGUCUCUCAAUUUUGUAUUUUUUUCUGAAGAGUACACUGAGCUACAACCCUGAAGACAGCACACCUCUGAACAGACUAUGAAUGUGCUGUCGAACCCGGUGAUCCGGGCCCAGGAGCAGCCCCGACCUCUCUGUGGCCCCGGGUCAGUCCAGGACUUACCCCACUGCCCUCCAGGGUUCAACCUGAGCUCCCGUCUCAACCCUGCGCCGGUGCUCGGCCUCCACGGGGGCCAAAGAACAACCAAACCUCAGAGGGAGCUGAGCGCCGAGGAGCAGCAGGAGCUCAGGAGGAAGAUCAACAGCAGGGAGAGGAAGCGGAUGCAGGACUUGAACAUCGCCAUGGACGCCCUGAGGGAGGUCAUGGUGCCUUACGCCUCCUCGCCGUCAUCUGCCUCUUCCCCUCAGUCCCACCAGCCCGGAGCUCCUCCGGGCCGCAGGCUCUCCAAGAUCUCCACCCUGGUUCUGGCCAGGAACUACAUCCUCCUCCUGAGUUCGUCCCUGCAGGAGAUGCGGCGGCUGCUGGGGGAGGUGAGCGUCGGGAUGGGGGUGAACGCCGGGCCGGUCCCCCGGCUGCUGCUCGCUGGAGGGUGGCCCCUCAUAUCCGGCCCCAGUCAGCUCCUCCUCACCCAGGAGUCCCUCCUCACCGCAGCAGCCUCCUCCUCUUCCUCCGCUCCAUCGUCAUCUGCUGCCAAAUGUCCCCUGCUGUCGUCGGGCCCCAUGGAGGCCGCCUUGGCCCCUGUGCAUUGGGGAUCUCCAGGGGCCCCAGGAGGGCCCCUUUGCCCCUGCGGAGUCUGCAGACUGCCUAGAUUCAGCCACUCCACUCCGGCACCGAGAUUCUCAAAGUGACACGUUGAAGUUUUAAGACUUGAUGACUGUUAUGUCAUUCUUUUUAUAUGAAUUGUUAUUUUUCUAACAUUUUCUAACUUGUUUAUAAUAUUUUACGGCAAUAAACUCACAAUUACCCUUUGAGCUUUUUAAACCCAAUGGAUCGACUCUGUAUUUGGUGAGCCAGUUUCUUUCUGAAGCAAAUAUAAUAAUCAAUUUUUUGCUUGAGAGAUGAAUUAAAUUGUAUCAAUUGACUACUCUGACGGUUCUUGUUGAACGUGUGAGCUGUAACGAUUGUGUGUUUGGUGCGUUUGAUUGCAGUCGUGUAGCUUGUUGGUUGAAAGAUGGUCACAACUGCAGAGGGCCAGAAUAAAUAAAUCUUGUGAAAUAAAACCUAUAAUAUAAUAUUUAAGAGCAGUGACAAGCUAAUCCCACUUUCUUACUAUGAGCACUGGGGUCCUGCAUGGACUCAUUAUCAGCUGUUUUGUUGAUUUCAUGUGAGAUAUUUCUGUAUUGGUCUCUGUCACUGGCUUGUGUUACGAAAGUCAGACGUCCUUCCAGAAAAUACUCCAGCUUGCUUUUUGGCGAGCUUUGUGUAAUUAAACAAUCCAUUCUUCUCAAUCAAUUAUGAAGACACAAA